UUCAAUUGCCCACAUUUCCAGCGGAACACUUGUCUGAUUCACUUCGCAUGCUGCAGUGAGUGGUAUCCUUGCCACAAAUGCCACAAUGACGCCUUGAAAAAGCAAGAGAAUGACAAACCAAAAGUGGAUAAUUCAAAAUAUAAUUUCGGGGAGAGUGAUAUAGUAGAGGAAGGAGACGAUUUGGGAGAAGGCAGUUCAAAUGCCACUGGAAUUAGCUAUGAGCUCGAAGCUACUCCAUGUAGUGUUCCAUUUGAUGAUACCAAAAUGGAAUUAAGAGCUAAAACUUCAGAUGCACCCAAUGGCGAAAACACCGAAACAGCCACUGACUACGAAUCCUUGCAAAAUGGGAACGACAGGGUUUCGUCAGGAAUGGCAGAAUAUUCAGUGAGCAGAGAAAACAAACAAACUCAACAAAACACCACUCCUUGGGGAGUAAAAGGAAAGGGUAACGCAGAGGGAACUUCGUUUAACAUAGAGGAAAACUUGUCACAACUCAAUGGAGAAACAAGCAUUUCCAGUGCGAUAUCUUCUGGCCAAGCAGCAGAAGGUGCCAGAGAACACGAAGGUUUAAAAGAUGAAGCAUCGACUGGUGACAUAGAGGAAGAAAAUCUAAAUACUACCAAUGGAUCAUCAAAUCAAUUGAAGAAUAAUGAAGAGAUGCGCGUCAGAAAAAGUAUGAUGCAAGGAAAUGAUGAAGAUAAUUUACAACUCUCAUCGGUCACUAUAAAGGAGCAUGUGCUAGUUACAUCACGAGACGGAGGUCGCCUAAAGUGUAUAGCAUGUGACCACAUACAGUCAAAGUUUUGUCAGAAGUGUGAAAAUGGGUCGUGCGGGAAAACAUUUUCCAGUUACUUCUGUCCAGAAUGUAAACUUUUGAUCGAAAGUAGUGGAAGUGUUAAACUAGACCCUUACCACUGUGGUCCGUGCGGGGUAUGCAGGUUAAACAAGGAAGAAAACUUCCAUUGCAACACGUGUAAUGUUUGUAUGCCACUGUCUCUGAAGGAUCAUAAGUGUUUUGACAAUAGAGGUCACGAUCCUUGUGCAAUAUGCUUGGAGGAAGUUUUUUCAGGAGCAGUCAUUCUUCCUUGCUUUCAUAUGAUACAUGAGGAUUGUGGUGUAAAGCUUAUUCUCUCAGGAAGUUACACAUGCCCCAUGUGUCGUGGGGCCAUCAUGAAAAAUGAAGAAGAACCUGAGGAAAAUAUAGAACAAUCCGAAACAGGCGAUGACACUGCUUCCAGUGAAGGACUGAUUUCCAGAUUUAAAAGUGUAGUAUGCCUGAAUUUUUAUACGCUGUAUAAGAAAAUAGUUGGGCCCCCUCUUAGUAACAAUGUAAUUGAAAUGAACACCAUGUCGGCUUGAUUGUAAAUAAACUCUUCGUGCUCCUCAUCUAGUUAA